CGCCUCGUAAAGCACUAAGGCCAAAUUCGAACGUCGUCUCUUAUUACCAAGCCUGCACUUCAUUUUCCGGACAAUCCUGGAUGGCUAGGUGGUUGCCGCCGAACCUCCACCAGAAAGGUAAUUUUAGAAGCUCUAGCAGGUUAUUGACCGCAGAAGCUACAGCCACAAACGUGACAGUCGCCUUCUUUGUAGAGUCAUGGAGAGGCCAGGGAUCAGCAAGUCCAUGUCCUACUCCUACCUCUUCGGUGGUACUACCGUACUAUCAAAGGAGAGAUAAAGUUCAGACUUCCUCUGGGCCCACUGAUCCACCACUGCGCCCCAUGGAGAUAUGCUCAUUGUAGCAUACGGUGAAGUAGCCUUGGCAGCCAACCUCGUUUCCUCUAAUGAAUCAAGCAAUAUCCAUCUACCCGACGAGAGCGGGGGUUUAUUCGUGUUCACAAACUACAGUGUACUACCUCGUAUUAACGUGUCAUUUCGUGGAUGUUGGCAAAAUACUAGGCUACCCUGUCUCAUCCAGAGUGCACAUACGACGACUGUUAAUCGACUGAGAAAAUUUUAUAAAGGGUCGGCCUUUUUCGCUCGCUCCUCACCUGUCCGCAAGACAAGACGUCGUCAAUAUGAAAUUCGGAUCUCUCCUCGUGUACGCUGCGGCCAUUUUACCCUGUGCUUCAGCCGCUCGUAACAGUACCAGUCCUAGAGCCAGCCGUCAUACGUCCUACGUUUCGACGUUGCCCAGCAGUCGCCGAACAGUACUCAGUAGCAGCCGCUCCACAGACUAUGCACACCCUAGCGAAAUCGAGUCUAGGAUUUACACUACCGUUAUUUCCACGGCAUAUACAACAUACUGCCCCAGUCCUACUGUCAUCCCCGUGGGCAACAUAACCUAUACGGUUACCAAGCCGACCACGUUGACUAUCAGCAACUGCCCUUGCACGGUGGUUAAGACCGGAAUUCCUCCUGUCAAGACUAAGAAGUAUUCAGCCUCGACAAGCAGCAGCCGGACGCCAUCUAGCAGCAAUCUCUCGACACACCAUCCACGUCCGAGCAAAAGCAAGGCCAUUUACACCACAGUCAUCUCCACGGCAUAUACAACAUACUGCCCCGUGGGUCAUUGCCGAAAGAGAUAUUAUCGGGCCGUUAGCUAACCAGCUAGCCAGAGUCCUACUAUCAUCCCCGUGGGCAAUAUGACCUAUACGGUGACCAAGCCGACUACAUUGACUAUCACUAACUGCCCUUGCACGGUGACUAAGACUGGAAUUCCUCCUAUCAACACCAAGAAGUCACAGCCACCGGCCAGCCCCAAGCAAACGCAGUCUCCGCCCAGCUCCAAGCAAGACCAACAGGCCCCUCCAUCUUCCAAGCAGCCCCCGAAGCCAACCGCAACUCCACCGGUUGUCGUCAAGGCAGGUGCGGAUACCGUCACGGUCGGGUCUUAUGCCGUGUUUGGCUUAAUUGCGGCUAUGUUCAUUUAAGCUCGACCUUGGCUUCGGGAUGUUGCAUUUGGCAGCAACGGGCCGUCAUGUCUCAUGCCCACGCAUGUGCCAGCCAGACGAGGUAUUUCUAUAUUCGAGUCAAAAGACCCAGCUCCAGAACUCUGGGCGGCAGGCGGGCUGCAGAGAGCCACGUAUGGAUGCCAACCUAUAUAGUCUCUUAGUUGACAAUCAAGGGUUUUGUUGUUGCCCCAUUCAUAGAGGCCCUUCUGCCCGGUCGCCAGUUACUCAUAUGUCGGCGCCGGCGUCGGUGGCAAGAUAGAGAGCGACUGGCGCCAGAAUUCAAGGACCCUGUUAGCGAACUGCUCCGUGAAGCUAUGCUCAAUCCCAGACGUGAACUGUUUUGCGGCUUAGUCAAAUGACUCGUGGAAUGCUUGCAAGAUUGCUAAUUUGGCGUUGUAUGCGUCUGUUUGCUUUUGUAUAAGUCCCACGCAUACAAAGAUGAAUCCC